AUGUCUGUAUCGGAGAGAGACAGUUCCUACGACGGCGAGUUUCAGUUGAGACAUCCCUACGCGGCUUCUUCAGAUCCCAACCUUCGAGCUCUUGUUCCAAUGUGGGACAGUUCUGACCCCGAACGUUGUCCACCUCCGCUGCCUCUCAACCCGGGAUCACCAUUGACCUCUCGAGCCGGCACCUCUAGCGCUAUUGCUUCUGCUCACGCCGCGCUUAACGAGCGAGCGCAGCAAAGCGCAAUGGUUCCCGCAAAGAGAAUUGAAUCCCCUACAAAGGGACAUCGCCGACUGCAGUCUUCAGUCCGUGAUAUCAGCAUGAUGAUCGAGGGUGCUAGCGGCCACAACUCGCCAUCACGAUCUCCAGAACGUCAACAGCGGCCGGAGACACCCACUCGAUCAACUGAUGGACGACCAAACGAUAGGGAUUCUACGGUGUCGAGCUCAACACCAGUACCAGGUCCUAGUCUGACCCCCAUCAUGCGGCCGUCUGCUCGAAGACCACCACCUCAGAGCAUCCUCGGCGAAAACACACCACCACAAUCAUCAACCAUGCUUGCUCUUCAGCACAUGAGCUCAACACCCUCCAAAGAAUCAGAAAAUCCCCUCUCUGACAUCACAAACGGCGCGACUGCCAUCUCAAAGGGCCCCCAGAACCUUGAGGCGCUGUCCGACCAAAUUCUCAGCCUGACUAGCAUCGCUACAGGCCUUCAAAAGGAAAUGUCUCAGUUGAGCCGACGCAGCAGGGACAACGCCACCGACCUUCUCAGCCUCAAGGAGGCAACAAACUCAAGAGACGAAGACAUCCGAAGGAGUCUACGAGAACUCUUGGGGAGCCACGGUAAUGCGGGUGACGGUCAAAACAGACUCCCUCCAGCCCGCGACCCCUUUGGUGGUUAUUUCCUAGACAACAAGCCACACAAUCUCUCCCCACCCAGCACAAGGGGGUUCCAGCUCCCUAGAAUUCCUUCCCCCAAGAGCUUUGGCGACAUUGAGCGAGGGUCUAUUAUCAGCACACCCUCGCUCGUGGGCUCAGAGGCCAAUUCCUCCCUGGUUCUUCUAGAAAGAAUCAUUCGGGAGAUGGGCACUAAGGAGGGACAAGAGUCGCUUCUUGGUCGUCUGCAGGAAGUCUCAACCAAGCUCUCGGGCAUGGCCACAUCCCAGAAGCUUGAUGAAGUCAUUGACCAAGUCAGAGCUCAGUCUGAGCAAGCCAUUAUCCUGGGCAACGGCCUUGGGAGUCCCAAUGCGAGCCGGUCUCGCAACCUCAGUUUUGAGUCAGAAGGCAGCAGUAUGCCUGGUCAGGCGAGGAGCGCCGUUUCUCAGCGCGUUGAACGCAUCAUGAAGAAUGAGGCUCGCAGAAAUUCUGAGCCCUCGGCGAGGGGUUCUGAUAUCCUCAAUGACGAUCUGAUGAGUAUCAUUCGAUCUGUCAAGGAUAGCGUCUCCCAAGGGGGAGGUCUCACUGCUGAGGUGAAAGCUCUCGUUCGUGAGUUGCGAGGCGAGGUUCUGGGUAUGGGUCGUGAGAUUGGCCGCCGCCUCGACCAACAAGCAGCCUCCAAGAAGGGUGUCGAGGACCACGAUACCCCCAGCAAGGAUGAGGUCGCUCGAGUUAUCGACGAAGGACUUGAGCAGAUGAAGGACCAGCUCAACCACGUCCUUCGUGAACACAGACGCCAAUCAGCUGCUUCAGUUAGCACCUCGAAGAGUGCCGUCGACUACCAGGAGAUCUACAAUGCUAUGCGCGCUGCUAUCCAAGACAACGAGGCGACCAAGAGCAACUUGCCUGACUUGAGCCGAGAAGACGUCAUCGAAGCUGUCAGAGACGCCUGGGAGAACUACAGGCCUGAGAUCGAAGUUCAGCAGAUUGGUCUUGAACGCGAUGAGGUCUUGGCUUGCUUGAAGCAAGGUCUGCAGGAGUACUCGCACCGCGGCGACCAACCCCCGGCCGCAACCAGGGAUGAAGUUUUGACUGCUGUGGUCGAAGGCCUCCAGCACUACGUCCCGCCUCAAGUUGACCAGCCCGCCACACUCUCUCGAGAUGAGAUCAUCGACGCUGUUCGUGAUUGUCUCGAAGAGUUCGAAUUCCCUGUGGCCCCAGGUGCUGGUGGCGAUUUCACUCAUGAAGACAUGGUUCAUGCCGUGAGGGAGGGUCUCCAAGAUCUUGACGUUAACACCAGCCGCGCUCUUGUACCCGCUUCAUCUGGCAACAAUGAUGAUGUUAGCGAUCGUCUUCGUGAGAUUAUGGAGUAUCUUCGCAACGAGUUCAAGACAAUGUCCGAAGAGACAAAGGAGAACGUUGCCGCCAACGGCCGUGAUACCGAGCAAGUCCUUAGCACUACCAAGGAUGGCUUCGAAAGCCUCCGACAGGCUAUGGAGAGCUAUGUCGACCGUGCCACAGGCGCUGCUGGUCAAGAAGAGUUCAUGGACGAUCUUCUAAAGUCUCUUGAAGAUUUCAAGGACGAGAUGGCAGGUCUUGUAGAGACUACCAGUCAGGAGUCUCGAGACCAACUUCAGACUGAACUCGAAGGCCUUCGAGAAAUCGUCAACUCCUCCAUGAUCCCUGCACCACCACCUCAGUCGAACAACACCGAGGUUCUUGAGGCUUUGAACACUGGUUUCAACAACUUGAGACAGGAAGUUCUUCGACCCCGCGCGGAGACAAGCGAGAUCCUUGAUGCUCUCAACGAUGGCCUCAAUGACCUUCGAGCCGGCAUGGAUCGAGUGACCAACAAGCCUACUGACUUGACCGCGAAUGAUGAAAUUCUCGAUGCUCUGAAGGCUGGUCUCGACUCUGUCCGCGCCGACAUCGAGUCUAUUCGCGACAGCAGCAACGACCGUGCUGUGACGACGCUUAACAAUGCCGCUCCUGCUGCCAACGACGAGCUCCUCGAAGCCCUCAAGUCAGGACUCAGUGGUGUGCGAGCAGACCUCGAAGCCCUUCGUGAUAGCCAAACUGAAAAGGCUGUUGCAGUUGUUGAGCCCAAGGAGAACGAUGAGGUCCUCGAGGCUUUGAAGAACGGUCUUGAUGCUCUCCGUGUUGACAUUGAGGCUAUUCGUGAAAACACAACCGAGAAGGCUGUCGCGAACGUCGACACCACAUCCAACGACGAUGUCAUCGCCGCUGUCAAGACUGGGUUGGAAUCUCUGCGAACUGAUUUCGAAGCUGUCCGUGAAAGCAGCGAGAAGGCUAUAGCUCCGGUGGACAACUCCUCUUCCAGUGCGGAGUUCGUUGAAGCCUUGAAGAAUGGUCUCGAAUCCCUUAAAGUCGAUCUCGAGUCGGCUCGAGAGAAGAGUGACCAGUCUUCAGAGGAGAACACCUCGAACGAUGAGGUUAUUGUCACUCUCAAGAAUGGUCUCGAUUCGUUACAUGCUGAAAUCGCUGCCCUUGCCAGCAAGGAGAAGUCUGAAGAGGUGGUGGAAAACACAUCCAAUGACGAAGUCAUUGUCACCCUCAAGAACGGACUGGAUUCCCUGCAUGCCGAGAUCGCAGCUCUUGCUAAUCAGGAGAAGCCCGAGACAGUCGAGAACACUUCCAAUGAUGAGGUCAUCGUCACUCUCAAGAACGGACUCGAUUCUCUUCACACUGAUAUCGAAGCCCUCACGACUGCCCAGAAGUCUGCCACCCCAGAUGAAAGCACAACCAAUGAUCAAGUUAUCGAGGCCCUCAAGACUGGUCUUGACUCUCUUCGCAGUGACAUUGAAGGUCUGCAAGAAAGCAACCAGAAGGCAUUGGCUCCUGUGGCUGAUGCUAAGCCCAACGACGAGAUCCUUGAUGCUCUGAAGACUGGUCUCGAGUCUCUUCGCACUGACAUCGAAGCUCUCCGUGACACUAGCAACGAGCGAGCCAUCACUCCUGCAGAGUCCGCAUCCGAUGAGAAGAUCCUGGAAGCCCUCAAGACUGGUCUCGAAUCAGUCCGAUCCGACAUCGAGGCUCUCCGGGAUAGCAACGGAGAACGGGCCCUUCUUGCUGUCCCAACAGCGAAGGCUGAGGAUGGUGAAUCUGGUGAGAGCAUCAAGUCAGACGAUGUCAAGAACCUUGAGGUCCUCAUUGCUGGCCUUGCGAUCAAGAUUGACUCUGUCAAGGCCGAAAACGAAGGCGUCAAGAAGGAUGAUCUGUCUCGUAUGGAGGAGCUUCUUCGAACAGUCCAGGAUAGUGUUGAUGAGAUCGCCUCUCGAGAGACUCUCACACGAUCCGUCUCAGUCAAGAAGAAGAAGGACGAAGGAGCCGAAGAGCCUGCCAGUGAAAUCCAAGGUGAUGCCGAGGAGCCUGCGUCAAAGGAGGACAUGCAAGCCAUUGAGACGAUUCUCCGCAACACCAAGGGCAAGCUCGACGAUCUCAUCGAGGGCGAGCAAGCUGUUCGCAAGGACCACAUCGACAACGUGGAGGCCCUGCUACUGGAGACACGCGAGACUAUGGGAACUCUCACUACUCAAUUGGAGACCGUCUCGCGCAAGGAAGAGAUCACAUCAUUGGAGUCUCUUCUCACCCAAGUCUCAGCUGGACUCGAUGAGAUCAAGGAGCAAGCCACCAAGGAAAGCGAGAACCCAGAAAAGGUUUCUAAGGGUGAUGUCGAGGCCGUCGAGGCUUUGGCCCUUGAGAUCAAGACAUCCCUCGAAGGCUUUACCAGCACUGAUCUUGCUCUUCUCGCCCGCAAGGAAGACGUCACCAACCUGGAGGCCCUUCUUGUGAAGAAGGAAGAUCUUGCAGGCCUCGAGACCAUCGUCAAGGAGUUCCAGGAGAAGCUUGACACGACCGUGGACGCCCAGACCAAGGCCAUUGCUGUCCGCGACGAGGAAAGCACUUCUGUUGGCGACCGUGUCACCGAAGUCAAGAACUUCCUCGAGGAAUUCCAAGGCGCAAUUAACACCAAGCUCGAAGAGGGCUCCACUGGUGUUGAAGGCGUUAGUAAGCUUCUUGAAUCUAUGGGCGAGAAGAUUGACAAGAACGAGAAUGUUCACCAGGACCUCAAAGACAUGCUCGAUACAAUCAAGGCUGAGUUUGAGGACUCCAAGGCUGUCGUGUCUGGUGUCAAGAUUGAGUCCAAUGAGAAGCUCUCAGAGGCCACGGAAACUCUGGGUAGCAAGAUCGACGAGAAGAUCAGCGAGCUCGUAGAGAAGUACGAGACCCUCCAGACUACCCUUGAUGAACGAAGCAAGGUCACUGAGGCCCGAGAUGAGGCUAUGGAGGCAGCCGUUGUUGGCUCCAAGACUGUCACAGACGAGCUCAAGCUUCUUAUUGAUACUCUUGGCUCAACUGUCACCGAUUCGCUCGAGAAGAUGGAGGAGGCUUCGAAGACUGUUUUCACGAAGGUGGAGGAGCUCGGCACUCGUACCGAGGAGACUCACACGGAGGACAAGGCUGAGCAUCAGCAGACCCGUGAUCAGAUCACGGAGGCCUUGACCGCCGUCGAAGGGCUGAAAGGAGAAGUCAGCGAGACGCACCCCAAGAUUCUCGAAUCUGUCAAGGAUAUUCUCCUUCUCAUUGGCGAGCACUACGAGCACUCCAAGACUUCCACAACCGAGAUCCAGGACAAGAUUCUUGAGCACAAGUCUCCUGAGGAGCUCAUGACGCUUCUGACAUUGUUGACUGACGACAAAUACAACAACACUCAAGUCCAUGAGAAGCUUGACAAGCUUAUUGAGCAGAUCUACAAUGACUCAGAGGUCAAGGAGCGUCUCGACAAGAUCAUUGAGGAGAAGUACAACGAUGCCGAGGUUCGCGAGAAGUUGGACAAGAUCAUCGAGGAGAAGUACGAUGAUGCGCCCGUCCAUGAGAAGCUUGCUACCAUCAUUGAGUCCAAGUACGACGACUCGGAGGUCAAGGAGCGUCUCGACAAGAUCAUUGAAGAGAAGUACGACGACGCCGAGGUGCGUGCUAGACUUGACAAGAUCAUCGAGGAGAAGUAUGACGAUGCUCCUGUCAAGGAACUGCUGGGCACAAUUAUCGAGCAGAAGUACGAUGACACACCUGUUCGUGACAAGUUGGACUUGAUCAUGGAUGGCAAGUAUGAUGACACUAUUGUCCGUGAGAAGCUCGAUCUUGUCUUGGAUGGACGGUACGACGAUGCCGUGGUGCAAGAGAAGCUUGACAAGCUUGUUGACCACACCGCUGUCGCUGAUCAGGCCUUUACUCGUCUGGACACCCUUGACAAGGUCCACGCCUCGGUUCUCAAGACAGCCUCUGAGAUCUCCGACUUUCUGCAUUCUCAGAAGAGGCGCAUCGAGAAGGCACAUGAGGACCACACCAAGCAUCUUCAAGACACCAUGGCGUCCGUCGAGCGCAAACUGGCUGAGAAGGACCACGUGGAAACUGCUGUCUUGAGCCUUCGAGACGAGGAGCUGAGACUUCGUCAGAGUGUUAUGAGCCUCCGAACGGAACAAGAGAGUCUGAUCCGUCAAAAGACACGCCUGACUGGUGAUGUCUCAUCACUUGAGACUGCACUCCGUAUGCGCAAGGACGAGCUCUACGAUAUGGAGUCUCGCGCCGAGAACUUGGAGCGUCGUAUUCUUGAGGGUGUUAUGGACCAUUCUCGAGUCCUCCUCAUGUCCAAGGCGAAACGAAGCGGUAGCGAUGCUAUGAGCCGCAAACGCGUCAGAAAGCCUGCUGAGGAGGAGUCUCAGCAAGAUGGUCGCAAGUCCAUGGUGGGUAUGGCACUCAACGCGAAGCGCAACUUGGCGGCUCCUGCACAGGCAGGUCGACGAAUCGUUUCGCUCAGUCAGAUUAACAACAACGUGACGACCGGAGGUGUUAAGCGCAGCCAAAGUGUACGAACUCCCGCUGGCGGUCCUAAACCAUACCGCAAGCGAAGCUGGGGAGGUGGUCUCGACCUGGCCGACAACGACAAGGAGAACUCGGUCAACGAGACCGUCGAAGAGGUGGAUGAGGCAGCUGAUGUCAAGCCGGGCUUGACUGCAGAGACAAUCGAGGUUCCCGCAGAAGAGACAAUAGUUCUCGAACCUGAAAUCAAUGGUGAGGGCAGUGAGCGAGGUGACAGCGACAACGAGACGCUAAGACGGAGUAGCAGGGGCACCGUGAUCACAAACAGCACGGAUAUGUAUACGGACGGUGAAAGCUACAGCGAAUACAGCUACACCGACAGCGAAUGGACGGAAAGCAACGUCGGCACUGACGUAGCAUCGGUUCAAGGCAACGAAGUGGUGGUUUUCGACAACUAA